UAGAUUUUAUAUAUUCUUGAUCAUUUAGAAUCAAAAACUGACUUAAUAAAAACACAAAAUGCUACACUGAGAAAAUGGUUGCCAGGCAACCAUUUGUUGUCUUAUCUGUGGUGUAGGUCAGACGCAGUGCUGAACUUCAGCAGCUUAUGAUCGGAUGAUAUUCGUAGUAUCCUUGCCUAUUCAGCCAUGACUUUCAGAGGAAAUGGGACUCUCAUAACGCGUAACAACACAGCCUACAUCCCACCGUCUCUGAUGCCCGGGUACUGUGGACACAUUCCUACUACAAAAUUCCUGUAUGGGGAGACUUUUGGCAAUUCAUCCCUAAAGUACUUCCAAAAUAUCCGAUCUGCCGAAAUGGCCUCCAGCAAAAGCCUUUCCAAUAAGGGUGGUGUGCCCCUGAGCUCCCAUACGCAAGACAGUAUCUUACCCUACUGGGUCCGGUACAACAUUGACUUCAAAAGGCAGAAGGAGAUCAAGGACUUCAACAUGUUGUCACAGAAGCACAGGGAAAAUUACAAAGAUAAGACUGGCACUGUGCAACCUGUCAAUUACUUUGUCACAGUAAAAGAGGCUGAGAAG